GACAUCUCUCUACCUCUUCGCUCAGGACAAAGUCAUCGCCGGAAGAAAAAAAAACACGAAAGGAUGAAAAUGACCCUUUUCAAAAGGCCAUGCGAUUACUCAAAGAUGAACAAGGAAGACCCAGAAGAGUUACUUCACCGGCGAGCCAAGUUCCUGAUCUACAAAAAGCUUCAAGAAGCCGACUUGAUUUCUCAUCGUUCUCCUCCGUCGUUAUUGUUUCUACGUAUGAAGAUUUUCCGAUUGAAAGUCAUGAUCGGAAACAGUUUGGCUCAUCUACAUCGCGGCAUAGCAUCCACCAUUAGAUUUGGCGGAAUCCGAAAGCACUCACAAGGCGGCUUGAGAGCGUUCAAGAAGAUGUUCCACGGUGGGGCAACAACUGGACUACAUAGGCCUAUUUUCACUCUCGAAGUUUGAUUUAUAUAUUGUUUUGUGAAUUUUCUCUUGAUCUCUAUUACAAGUUUUAUCUUUAACAUCAAACCACAUAUCCAUUAUCCAACACUGCCAAAGUGUUUUAUCCGUAUACAUUGGAGAUCUCAUAUGAGAAAA